CCUUACCCGCCAUCUCCGUGCGCCGACCAUCCUCUCCAUACAAGCGCGUCCUCGGUUUGCACACCUCGCAAUCUAGAUAGAAACAGGGACCCAACCCUGCAAUGCUACAGUCGCCAUAAUGGCAUCUGCACGCAAUGAUGUCUCCGUCCUUAUGGUCCAUAUGAACGGCACAUAGCAGGUCGGUCCCGUCGUCAAGCAACGUGCGUUUGAGCCCAGGCGCUGCGGCCCCUGCUGGCCGUCCUAGGCCUAGGUCUUUUGCACCGCAAGCGGCACAUGUGGUAGAACUAAGCCCAAGCUGGCGGCGGCCGUUUGCGCCAGAGUGCGCUCCUGUCCAACGGCCAACACACAACGCCUUCUGCACAGCCCUGCACAGCCUGCUACACGGCAUCCAUCGCCGCCAGCCCGCACAACGUGAGGGACGCCAGUAACAGCAGUAUCCUUGACACGGUCCACUACUAAUGCAGCAACCUACCGCAGCCACCAGGAGGUGUGGUGGUGACGCGCGCUCCAAUGACGCUGCGCCAGUGGAUGCGUGGGCGAGCUCUGGUGCUUCGCUGAUCUUCAUUUGCAGGCGGGACCCACACCAGCACUCGCUGGCUUGGACCCCUAGCGGCCCCGUGCUGGGCAGCGGCAGCGUUGCGGCGGCGGGGGGCCUAGGCGGCGGCAAUGGGGCUCUGCCUCGCAGCGCUAGCGGUGUGCUGCUGCGCUUGCUGGGCGGCAGCAGCGGCGGCGGCGGCGGCAGCGGCGGUGUCGGCCUGCCGCCUCUCGGCCGCAGCAGCAGCGGAGGACCGGGCGUGGGGCUAGGUCUGGGCCUGCUGGGGCCGGGGCGGGGCAGCAAGCAAGCUUGAAGGAGUGAAGGCGCUCUGGCAUUAAUGGCCGAUGGGAACAUUGGUGGCACUGGUGCUGGCACUGCCACUGCUGCCGCGCGCAGCGGGGGGCGACAGGAGCUGCGCAGGCGUGCCGGCGGUGCUCGCUGCAGCGGGCGGCAGCAAUGGUGGCGCUCCAGUGGCGGCGGCGACGUCAGCGGCGGUGCUGUGGGAUCCUGGCUUGCUGUCAGCGUCACGCAGCGCGAGGGCCUCGGCGAUAUUCGGUCCGGGAUGCGGCUCGGCAACGGCCACUUAGCUCUCCUGAUGGCGGACACUGCGAGCUGCGAGCGGCAACAGCGGCGCGGCCGGUGAGGCUAGCGGCGGAAGUACGGUACAAUGUCGGCCGCUAACCAUGCGGACUCUGUCAUUAGAUCCCCCGUAUGACUGGCACAUGGCAGUAGCUCGAUCGUUCGAUGGGUUUGCAGGCGCAGGCCCGUCGUCGCAUGGCGGCAGCUACUAUGGCACUGGUGGCAGCGGCGGUAGAAGCAGCGGGUUGAGACUUGCGUUGAGGUGUCAGGCGCCGAGUUGGUCUUGCCGUUUGGGUCUGGGUGGAUCAGGAGGCGGCGCGGCGACGGGGCUGCAGGGCACGUGAUAUUUGCCACCGGCUAAGAGAUCGGCGGCCGCGCUUGGCAGCGGUGACGGCGGCACCGCAGCCACCACAUCGGACAUCAAAUUCAAGGCAGGGGUGGAGAUGGUGGGAUCAAGCAAUAUAGAUCUCCCACGCUAUGUGCUGGCAAUGUCAGGCGCCGCCCUUGGCGCCGCCGGCGCCAUUAAGUAAGAGUUGGUUGAUUGAUACCGGUAAGAGGACGCUGUGAAAUGUGAAUGCAAUCCUGCGGCUAGGGCAAUGUCACAACGGAUGAACUGAGCUAGCGUGAAGACUGCGAAUGGGAUGGCUCCUUUGCGGGAAAAAGCGAGGCGCACGUGGGGGGCCGCGGCCGGGGUGACGGCGCCGCGCCCACAGGCGUUGGGUUAAACCCGUGUGAUUCUGCUGUGUGCACGUGUGACGCAUAGCAGGUAUGGCAGGGAUAAGUCUUCAACCAUGCGUGGGGCCUUGUAUGGGGCUAAGCGGCAGUGCCGGGGAGGGCCGAGGCAUCCCGGAUUCCGGUGCAUCCGGUUGCCUGAUGGCUUGAGGCCCGACUGCAGUGGUGCCCAGGGGAGGUGGCGCCGCUACAGCGCUACUCCUCAGUCCGGAUGAACCGCACUUUUUGCGACGUUAUACACAUGUAAUAAUAAUUUAG